AUGGGGCCACUAUUCCUCCCCCUCUCCUCCAUCGACCGCGCCGCCAACGCGCGCGUCUCCAUCGAAUUCAUCCAGGUCUUCGGCAGCGGCGGCAGCGGCGGCAGCGGCGGCGCCGUCGCCGCCAUCAGAGAGGGCUUCGCCCGCGCCCUCGUCUCAUACUUCCCUGUCGCCGGGAGGAUCGUCAAGAGCGUCCCCGGCGAGCCCAUGGUCGAGUGCUCCCGCGACGGGAUCUGGUUCGUGGAGGCGGUGGUCGAUUGCGCCCUGGACGACGUGAACCAGCACGCACGGAGCCGGCGCUGCUCUCGGCCGGAGGCCCUCGGCCGGCUGCGCCCGGCGGAGCUCCACCCGCGGCUCCGCUCCGCGGGCCGCGUGCACCGUUAA